CUUUUGCUUCAGUCUUGUGUUUUAAUGGGAACGUUUAUUUCUCAGCCGGAACUAUUGUUGUUAUCAUUGUUUCCUUACGGACUGGUCAGUUUCCCGGACAUGGCGAGCAGCACGCGCACUCUGUGGAAAGUUUUAGCAGGAUGUCAGAGGCAGCUGCUGACCGCCGGUGGUCCUGCCUACCUGGGCAUCUCACACACUGCAACAAACAAACUCCCUGUGAGGACUUUUGCUGCCCUCAAGACUCGAAGGAAAGAUAAGAAAGUGGAAGAAGUGAAGGAGCCCAAGAAAGAGAAGAAAAUCAUCGAUGACAAAGACAGGCACAAACCCUUCGGGAAGACUGCGUGGGCGCCUGUGGAUGAUGUGUACAUCAUGAGGUUUUAUCCCCGGACCAUCUAUGGCGUCACAGAUGCCAUCGACCUGCUGAAGAGCUUCCAGGCGUUGGACUUCACUCCGCACAACCAGCCUGUUUACAUCGACCUGAGGCUGGACAUGAAGCUGGAGAAGAAGAAAAAAGUUGACCCGUUCGUCAGCACCGUUCAUCUACCACAUUCAUUCAAGACGGAGAUGAACAGAGUUUUAGUUUUUACAGAGGAUGCGAAUCAGGCCAAAGCUGCCCAGGACAACGGAGCGGUGUUUGUCGGAGGAGCAGAGCUCAUAGAGCCGAUCUUAGAGGACCAGAUCUCUGCAGACUUUUACGUAGCCGUGCCAGACAUGCUCCCGAAGCUCAUACCGCUGAAAAACAAACUGAGGAAGAAAUUUCCCAAGAGCAAGAGAGGCUCAGUCGGCAACAACAUUCCUGAGAUGCUGAAGUUGUUUAAGACGGGACAUGAGUACCUGGUGAUGAACGACUGCUACGUCCAGACGCAGAUCGCCACGCUUGACAUGCCUAAGGAGCACAUCUACGCCAACCUGCAGACGGUUCUGAUGGACGUGUGUUCACACCGACCGGCCGAUUUAGGUCCGUUCAUUGAAAGAGCCAUCAUCGCCAGUCGCACCAGUGAAGCUCUGUGGUUCAGGAGCGAUGACGUUUUACCCAAACCAGCAGCAAAAACGGAAGAAAAGGAGGAGUGACCGACCUCAGAUGUGAAUCAGAGGUUCAUCAUACAAGGUGACCAGGAGAGGAGAGUGACGGCUCAUAAAUCAGCUCCAGAGUCGUAAACAAGUCUGGAUCAGAGCUGGAAAAGGGUUUAGAAUUCAAAGAACAGGAGCCUCAGGUCUGCUUUUAUGAACACUCUUCAUUUCUCUUAUCAGAUUCACUUUCUGGUCCGUCGGUGUUUGGUUUUAAUCACCUUCAAACGCCUUUUAAAACAGCAGUGAUUAUUUGUUUUUGGUAACAGCUCCAGAGUUUAUCCUUCAGGUGUUCUGGAAUAUUAACCCUUUCAUGUAUGACAUAGUUUCAGCUCACUUUCCACAGGGUUAUAAAGGCGAUGUUCUCCAGACCACAUGGGGCGGUGUCUGUAGACCCUAAGCAGUGGUUUUCAGCCUU